AUGGGGCAGAAAGCCAGAGGGGAUGGGAGAAGGGAAGAAACAAGGACAGAUUUGCAGGGAAGGAUUAGUCGGGAGGUGGGGUGCUUAGUGAGGAAAGGCAGAAGCAGAAAGUCACAGAAUCAAGGAAAAGACUGGAGAGUAUAUAUAAUCGAGGAGGGGAAAGAGGAAGCGGCUGCCGUCGCUCCGGGAAUCGGGGACAUCCGCGCGGAGUGGUCGCGGCUGCGACACCCCCCAAAAAAGUGCCAGGGCCAAGAGAGCUUCCCUCCUCCUCCCCUGUCCCUCAACCCCCGCCGAACCCCCUCCCGCCCGCCCGCCCCCUCCCCUAGAACACUUCUCCCACCCCACCCCCGGGAGGCGGCGGCGGCGGCGGCCAACUUCACCCUCUACCCGGUGCCCAUGGUGCCACCUUCCUCGGCGACAGCACGGAGUCAACCCCGGUGCCUGGGUGCUGCCGAGCUCCGCCGAGCAGCCCCCACCGCCCCAGUCAGUCAACCAGCCAGCCAGCCAGCCCCGGGCUCCCGGGAACGUCAGCACGCUGCCGUCCCCCGGCCUGCUCCGCGCCAGCUUCCAUUGGAUGGCAGGAAAAGGCUGUCCCACCUUAUUGGCCCAGCCCUCAUGUUGAACGGACCAAUGGGAUUCGGGGUUUCAGGUCGCCAUAGAGACCGAUGCUGUUAAGAGCAAGAGCGGCUAGAAAAGUGCUUGUCAGUGGUAUCGAAGAUAACCCUACCCCACCCCCAGCCCCUUUUAAUUUACCUAUCCCUGAA